CCUCGGAUGACUACGGCGUUUUAGUGGAGUGAUAUUUGUAUUUAAUUAGUUGAAUUUCCUAUUAACCUUAAAUCUAUUUUUCCGUGGAUUAAAGUUAUAUACAUAUUGCUAACCAUAAAAGCACUAAAUUGUAAGUUACUUGUCCUAAAUCUACCAUUUCUGUUCUAAUUAAUCCUAUUAAUUGUAGCUUUGAAGCUGAUAAAAAUAUAGCUCUCGAAAAUUAGUGCAAGGGGGUUUUAUUACGGCAACAAUUCUUCAAAGAAUUUACCUUGAACGAUGCCGAACCCCCCGGAUCCUCCACGUAUGCCUGCAGAUAAAGAGGUUAGUUGUGUGGCGUGCAGCAAGUCCGAUUUGCCGGCCAACUUCGUGCAAUGCGACACCUGUGAUUGCUGGUGGCAUUUCGCAUGUGCCGACGUCGAUUCAUCGAUUAGCGAACGGGCAUGGAUAUGCACCAAGUGCGAAGCUGCCCCCAGCGUGUCGGCAAGAAGCAGCAAAUCCAACAAAAGCGGAUCGACUGUCGCUCACGAGCUCGAACGACUGAAGCGACAGCAAGACCUCGAGCGGCAACAGGCGGAUUUGAAGCUGCAGAUGAAAUUUUUAAAGCAGCAACAAAAACUGCUGGAUAAGGCCAGAGCGGCCGAGGAGACCCGGAGUCAGAAGAGCCAAGUAAGUAGUCAGGCACAUAAUCGGCGAGUGCGUCGAUGGGUAGAGGAGUCGUCCCGUGACGGUACGGAAGAAGGCGCGGUGGGCGGAAAUCCAGCACCAGCUGCCUCGCCAAUCGAUCACGGCGUUCAACCACAAGGCUCCAACACCGGUGACCCGAAUCAAACCCAGGGGAGAGCGAAAUCUCGCGAUCGGUCGCAGUCGCGUAACGAAGUGGCUGAAUUGCGAGCACAGUUGGAGCAAUGCAUGAAGCGGAUGGAAGAAGCUUUCCGUCAGCAGCCAGCGAACACGGUACCGCAAGCGCCACCGCUGUGGGUACCCGAACCGGGAAGGAUGACACGUGAUGAACACCGGGAUACAGGUGCUAUUCCUAAAACGUAUCCUAACCCGGAACAAGCAGUCCUCCCACAACCAACCAAAACAACCACCCAUUUCCUCAGUUUGUGCCACCGCAAAGUACAAACCCACUCUCAAACAUUAACGAUCGCCUUCCUUACAUGAAUGGGUCCAACCGUCAAGUUUUCCCCCUACGAAAUCCCCCUAGAAAUCCCCCCGUGAAUGUGCAAUUGGGUCCCACGUCGCAGCAGCUUGUAGCCCGUCAGUCCUUAGCUAGGGAUCUUCCUACGUUCACCGGGGACCCAGCCGAAUGGCCUAUAUUUAUCUCCAGCUACAACUACACGACCGAAGCUUGCGGCUAUACGGAUGGCGAAAACA